CCCCCCCUCCUCGCUGCCACCCAACAGGUGAGCAGCAGCAGGUGUCGUGUUUCCGUACAACUCUAGUGAGUGGCUUUUAAACCGGUAAUAACAACUCUGAUAUCAUAAUGUAAUAUUUUAAACUUACCUACAACCUUCCUUACCGCAGAACACAGGAUACUAAUGUACUCUGAAGGAGGGAAUAAUGGUCAUCUUGUUGGCAUGCACUUGCUUCCUCUUCGCACUUGCUGACGCGUGUGUGAACAGCGAGCACUUUGAGGAGCGCGUGGUCUACGUGGGAGAAGGGACUGGAUACCGUCUGAAAUGCCCUCUGGCCGCCUGGUUGGGGGUCCGGAUCCCGGACUCCCAGCCAGGCGGCCAGAAGGGGGCCGUGACCUGGCUCAGAGACUGCCACGAGCUGCCGCCCCCGCCUCCCCCCGGCCGCUCGGACCCCGGCCCCGGGCUCUUCCUGGAGUUCCCCACCUUGGGCCCUGAGGACCAGGGGAACUACACCUGCCUGCUACCGGACAGCCUCAUCUCCUUCACCGUGCACCUCCUGGUCAAGGAGUCCCAGUGUUCCAGGGCCCCAGAGUUCAUGCCGGGUGGGGGGUUGACCCCCCUCUGGGGACGCCUGGGGUCCACUGUGUGGCUGAACUGCACCGCGCUAGUUCCCUGGGACCCGGCUGAGGAGCCCCCCUGUGCCCCACCCACCCUGCAGUGGAGCAAAGAUGGCCGCCUUCUCACCAACCGUACGGAGCACCCUCGGAAUACUUCUUCAUGGUCUCCCAGUAUUGGACAUGUGACACUAAGCAGUCUCCUGGAGAUCUCUCUGCAGGAGCAGGCAGACUUUGGGCUGUACCUCUGCAUUGUGAGAAACACAUCAGACUCAUUUCAAGUGCAGAACGCAGACCGCCCUAGCCACACUGCUGCUGUCAUCGCCGCAGUGGUCUUUCUCCUGCUCCUCUCUGUGCCGGCGUUGGUCUACUCCAAACAUCACCUGAACAUCAAACUGUGGUACAGGAACACUUACGGAGACUAUGAACUCAACGAUGGUAAAUUGUACGACGCAUACGUCUCCUAUGUGAAUAACGAGUACGACAGAAAGUUUGUACAUUUUAUCCUGAAACCCAACCUGGCGAAACAAGGACACAAGCUGCACCUGAAUGAGAACGACAUCCUCCCUGGAGCAGGUGACUCCUCUCCUACUGUAGCGUGUGAACCUCUCCUCCCUGGAGCAGAGCCGUCCGCAGAGCUGCUGAUGAAUGUCAGCCGGUCCCGGCGGCUGGUGGUAGUCCUGUCCUAUGCCUACCUGGAGCAAGACUGGUGCACUAGGAACUUCAGGCAGGGGCUGCUGCACCUGCUGGAGCUCUCCCCCAAGCCCAUCUUCAUCACGCUGGAGGGGCAGAUGAAGAGGGCCCGGGCGGAGGUGAGGGAGGAGCUGAGGGAGCAGCAGCAUCGCCUCACCCUGCUCACCUGGAAACACAACUCUGUGAGCCUGUCGUCAGUGUUCUGGAAGGAGCUGGUCUUGGCCUUGCCUCGCCGGCUGGACUUCCACUGUGAGUCCGCCAGAGACCCCCAGACCAUGCUGCAGGAGGACAAAGACCCCAUGCUGACCCUGGACCCAGACUACCUGGACUGGCGGUCAGAGGCGGACCCUGCUGGAGACCUCGGCACGGGGCGGCGCCUGCCUGUGUACGGAGCCUCAGGAGCUCCCGUGUUGGGAGCCUUUCCCACGGUGCCGGCGGAGCUCAAACACUCAGACAUCGACGUGUCAGACCUGGGCUCCCGUAACUACGGCGCCCGCACAGACUUCUACUGCCUGGUAACCAAGGAGGACAUGUGACGGUGCUGCUCCAUCACGACUCAGACCCGGACCACACCUUGCUCCAGCUCAGUGCGCAUCACCCGAUAAGAGUAGUGGGCUGUUCCCCAAAUGCAACAUUACAUUGUUUUGUACUAUUUCGUGGAUUCCAUUCACAGAAUAACAUUUGUACAGUUAACCAAAGAAGGUUUUAUGUAGUUAAUUAAAUAGAUUAGUAAACAAUAAAAAGUAUGAAUGAGUCAGAGUUUAUCAUUUAGUUAGCAGAUGGACCUUUUAGACACACCUGGAAUUGUGAUUCACUUGACAAGGUCGCUCCUAUCGAACAGAUGGCAUGAACAUCAACUCAAUGCUGUUUGAAUGCUGUUUGAAUGCUGUAAUUGUCCCCAUUAAGAGGCUGGUUGUUAAGUAUGUAAAAGGUGAUGGCAAGAGCAAACACACAAAGAUCAGGGGACGGGUGUGGCAGCUCAGGACAGGAAUGGUUCCUGUCUGAGCAGGAGAAAUAUGCAGGGAGGGGCCGUCCUUUUACAGUCGCGAUUAGUAACUUAAACGCAAACACCAUGAGGCCAUGACAUCCACCAGGCGCAUCCACCACAGCACUCCUAAAUGCUUUCAUGUAAAAUAAUGAAAUUGGUUGAUGUUCUUUAUUAAAAAUAAAUACAUCUGAUCUUGUGAUAAUA